UUUGCGAACCCCUCACCUCCAUUUCACUCUCCCAAUUCACUCCCGCGAUUGUCCCUCGACCACUGUGUUAUCCCCCGAAGACUUCCAAUAUUUCUUCCUCCGAGCGUCGAGGGACAAGUGUUGGAUGAUAAUUUUGAAGUGCUAGGGGGUUAGAGUUCUCUCGGUGGAGUCCAGAGGAGUCGUUGCUCCACGAACGCGUGGGACGCGCCAACUUGCCGUAGAUCCGAGCGGACUGAAGCUGCACGAAGUUUAUUUUCUCCAGUGCUUUUUCGCCCUCAAGCCCCUUGCCCUCGUGUCCCACCGAAGUCGAGGGAAUUUAUUGGUAAAAUCGAUUUGUUUUCGUUCUGUGCAGAUUAUAAUGUCGGGAAUUGCGAGUGCUCGGCUGGCGGAGGAGAGGAAAGCGUGGAGGAAGGAUCAUCCAUUUGGCUUCGUUGCACGCCCAACUAAAAAUCCUGAUGGAACAUUGAACCUCAUGAGCUGGGAGUGCGCUAUUCCUGGAAAGAAAUCGACCCCAUGGGAAGGUGGCCUCUACAAGCUUCGAAUGAUCUUCAAGGACGACUACCCAUCAAGCCCCCCAAAAUGCAAAUUCGAGCCACCACUCUUCCAUCCAAAUGUCUACCCAUCAGGCACAGUCUGUCUCUCACUUCUGGAUGAGGAGAAGGACUGGAGGCCUGCAAUCACGAUUAAACAGAUUCUCCUGGGUAUCCAGGACCUUCUCAACGAGCCCAACGUCAAGGAUCCAGCACAGGCAGAGGCCUACACCAUUUACUGUCAAAAUCGUUUGGAGUACGAGAAGAGGGUGCGAGCACAGGCCAGAGCAAUGGCGCCUCAAGAAUAACUUCCAGAGUCCAUUAAAGAAACUACUUUCUAUGAAGCUAAAAUUAAAUUCCAACAUGCGAUAUGCACAAGACAAUUCUACCAUGUCUGUGUCUCCCUAAACUUUCCGAUUCUAGAAGUAAGCUCUUGAGUAAUCAUUAGUGCUGGUAUUGACGUUCUAACAUAUGUAUAAAAAAAUAAUCUAUCAUCAUUGAACUUCACGGUUAUUCACAUUUUCGUUCUUUUUCUAUUCAUUUCAGUUUAAGUAAAACGUCUCUAGAGUUUAAGGCAGACGCAUUUUUCCAAUUUCGUAGUUACUGCACGUGCGAAGGAUUUUGAUAGAGUUGUCUAGGAAAUUCUAUUUGUUUUUCAACGAUUUCAUUGAUGAAUUCCUUUAAAUGGGGUUUUCAAAUAGAAAUGUUCAAUGGGGAAUAUUUUUGGGAAAUAGUAAUGGAUUAUUUUGUUGAGAUUUUUUUUAAAGAAAAGUUCUCUUCAUUAUUUUUUUUAUUUUUUGGAAAGACAAUAGAAUAGUGAAAACUUGGAGAAUUUAGAGAGGAAUUUCUGUAGAAAACAUCGCAAGAGAAUAAUUUAUUUAAAAAAUUUUAAUCCUAUCAAUUUUUCUUUAUAAAGUAUUUUCAAUUUAAUAUAUUAAUUUCUAAAAAACAGGAAUUCUUCAAUAGAAUCGAUGAAAAACCAAUAAUUUCGAAUAGAAAUCCGACGAAAUGUCCGACAUUUUCCUAUUCCAUUUGUUCACUCGUGAAAUAGAAAUGUUCAAUAGAAAAUAUUUCACAGAUUAUUUCGCUGAGAUUUUUCCUAUGAAAAUUCGUCUCCAUAAAUCUCUUCAUUUUCCCGAGAAGAAAGUAGAAUAUUGAAAACUUGUAAUUCCUACAGGAAAUAUCUCAAGAGAAUAAUUUACGAAAAAAAAAAAAAUUAUAAAUUUUUCUCCAUCAAAUAUUUUCUACUGAACAUAUUAAUUCCUAAAAACGAGAAUUUUUCAAUAGAAUCGAUGAAAAUCCAGCGAUUUCGAAUAGAAAUCCAUUGCAAUUUCCUAGAUUUUUCAAUUCCAUUCAAUCACUCGUGAACCCACCAUAAACGCACUGAGAAGUGCCAUCAAAUUCCAUCUCGAUAAUACAGAAGAGAAAUUAAUCUUAUUAUCAAUUAAAAUUCUGUACAAAUACGAUAAAAAUAAAUCUUGUAUCUCGUAAAAUCUA